UGACGAACGAGUAUCGAAGAAUUGGAUGAUGAACGAAUGUCGCAGGAUGAGAUGAUGAACGAAUGUCGCAGGAUCAGAACGAACUUCAGAAGAAGAGGGAGGAAGAAGAGAAGUUGAGAAAAAUCAAAGAACAGAUGGAACUGAAAAAAAAAAGGCGAGAAGAGGAGGAAAGGAGAAGAAAACAACUUGAAGAAGAAGCAAGAAUUAAAGCUGAAAUGGAAGCCGAAAGGCGAAGGGCAGAAGAGGAAGAAAUGAAACGGAGGGAACUUGAAAAAGCGAAACAGGUUUUGAGCAUAAUUACAAUGAAUAAAUAAAGAAAUCGAGGAACAAUUAAGGAAAGAGGAAGAAGAGGCAAAAUCUCGCUGCUCUUGAACAAGAGAGAUUAGAUCACGAACUGGCCUUGCGUUUGGCAAAGGAAUCCAACUCGAAUGUAGAACCCAUGGAGGAACAAAAAGCUAUUAUAAGAGCGGCUUCCUUGAAAGAUCCGAAUAAGAAAUAUGACCUGAGUAAAUGGAAAUACGCUGAGUUAAGAGACACCAUCAACACCUCGUGCGAUGUCGAGUUAUUAGAAGCUUGUAAACAAGAGUUCCAUCGCCGUCUUAAGGUUUAUCAUCAGUGGAAAAAUAAAAAUAAGGCAUCGAAGUCGACGGGUCAAAGUGCUGGUGAUCAAAGAGCACCUCAAGAGGUCGUGGAAGAAGCUGCAAGUCACGCAAGCGUUAGUAAGCCAACUUCCAGACUUCCCCCGCGUCGACCACAGCGAUAUUUCCGCGUUCCCUUUGUGAAGCCCGGUGACGAGUAUCGUGACAACGACUUCAAGAAGCGCGGGUACUGGUUCGCCCAUUUUGACGGGCAAUGGAUAGCCCGCCAGCUGGAGAUACACCCGAACGGAGUGAACGUUGUCCUGGUCGCGGGCACAGAUGAUCUUGAUAUGUGUGAGCUGAGUCUGGAUGAAACAGGUCUGACUCGCAAACGUGGCGCUGAAAUAACAAAACGUGAAUUUGAAUUUAGUUGGCAGAAAUGUGGCAGCAAAUCAGACGCUUAUAAACAACCGACUUUUGAAUGAAAUCACUUCACCUAGGAUUUUUUUUGAGAUCUCACCAAAAUAGAACUUCAUUUCUUUCCUAAAUCUAAUUUGGAGGAGAUAGACUGAAAAGAGCCUCACAUAAUAUCUUCGCAAAUCAAUUUCCACAAUAGAACACUGUUCGACAGUUUUGGAGCAUGUUUUUACAAUGAUCUCGCAAUAUUAUUGAACUUCAAUCUUUUCUCAUAUGCAUUGCACCUAUGAGCAUGCACUGCUGGUGAACUGCUCCAACACUUAAUGGUCACUAUAGAUAACGUUUUCCAACACUAGAUCAAAUUCGUAGAUAGUCAUUUUUAAUCUAUACGUUUAUUUAUUUCACUUUGUAAUAUUUAUAUACAUAAAAAUACUAU